GUUUGGAGCCGUCUGGUGCUGAGCGGGUUUUCGGCGUCGGGGACGUGGCGGCCGCGGUGGGCUAGAGCCUCACACGCUGAGCAUCUUUCUCACUUGGAGGGUGAAAUACUUAACAGAGGAUAUAUCUUUGACAUCUUUAAAACAGCUCUGCCUACUGGAUGGCAGUUUCCCUCAUUUCAUUUUUAGGUUUAGAAGCAUCAACUGGAAUCGAUUUACAUUCGAAAAUUGGACUUGAUACUCUGGCUUUACUAGCAAACAAGCAAUGUCAUCUAAUGAACAAGAAAGGCUCUUCUGUUAUAAUGGAGAAGUCCUUGUUUUUCGUUUGUCUAAAGGAAAUUUUGUAGAUGAAGGGCCUACAAAAACACCUGUGUUACAUGUCAGAAGAAUGGUAUUUGACAGAGGAACAGGAGUAUUUGUUCAGAAAUCCACUGGAUUCUUUAGCAUAAAAGAAGAAUACUCUCAUUUAAAAAUUAUGGGUUGCGACUGUGUUUCAGAUUUCAGAACUGGAAUUAAUCUGCCUUAUAUUAUGAUACAGUGCAUUAAAGAGACUAACAUUUUCAGAUAUUUUCUACUAUUUCUUCACAGUACCAAUAAAUUUGAAAAGCGUUUGAGUUUUAGACUACUCUAUGAGUUGAAGGACAGCAUAAGGGUCCUUAAUGGCCCUUUAGUUUUAUGGAGACAUGUCCAAACAUUAUUUUAUAUCUCUUCCCAAACUGGCAAAGUUGUUACUGUGUCCAUUAAGUUUUCCUCUAUUGAGUGGGCAGGGGAGAUUGAAAAUGUAGGUAUGGUUUUGUUAGGACGAAAGACAUGUUACUUACCUGAGGAAGGAUGUACCCCACAGCCUUCAAAAUCAGAUUAUGCAACUUGGAAUACUCAAUUUUGUGUAUACUCCCUUGAAAGGGGAGAAGUAAUAAAUGAAACAUACAUUAUCCCUCCUGCUUAUACCAGUGUGAUAGCAUGUGUGCAUGUCUGUGCAACUGAGAUUGUCAACAACCAGUUAAGAAUGUCUCUGAUUGCUCUUACUCAAAAGAAUCAGCUGAUUUCAUUCCAAAAUGGGACUCCUAAAAGUGUGUGCCAGCUUCCAUUUGGAGAUCCUUGUGCAGUUCAACUUAUGGAUUCAGGUGGAGGAGACCUCCUUUUCGUCAUAUCCUUUAGGUCCAGUGAUGCUUGUGCUGUUUGGGAAAAGAACUUUCAGGUUGCUGCUAAGUGGGAGAAAGUUAGCUCAGUACUGAUAGAUGACUUUCUUGGAACUGGAACUGAACAAGUACUGCUACUUUUUAAGGACCCCUUGAAUUCAGAUUGCCUCAGUUCCUUUAAAAUAACAGACCUGGACAGCUUAAACUAUUCAAGUGAAACAUUGGAUUACAAUGAAGAUGACUUACUUGACAACAAAAAGAAUUAUUUGGUGGUUCCACCUCUGGAAAGAAGAUUGAAAGUUGGUUUGGUUUCUGUUCAGGAAUUACAGCAGCAUCUCUUGCUUAAGGAAAAAAUUAUUUCAAAAUCUUACAAGGCUUUAAUGAACCUGUUUCAAGGGAAAGAUGAUAGUACAUCAAGUGCAGAGGAGGAAUGUCUUGUCACUCUUUGUGGUGAAGAAGAAAAUCCUGUCUAUACCUUUGAUGAAAAGUUAUCAGAUAAUUUUCAAGAUUCAGAACAGCUGGUAGAGAAGAUAUGGUAUCGUGUAAUAGAGGAUAGCUUGGUUGUUGGAGUGAAAACCACAUCUUCUUUGAAGGUGUCCCUGAAUCAUGUGACUUUAUCGCUGUCAAUGGAUCAAGCCCCUAACUCCAGCUUUCCGCUCAUUAAGUGUCAAAAUAGGGUGAUCAAGUUGAGUAGGAUAUCUUCCCCAGUACCAGGCUCAGUGCCAUAUGAAAUAGGAUCAGAGGUAAAAAAAAUCAAGUUGAGUGUUGAGAGUGAGAAAGAGGAAGAGAAAGAGGAAAGCAUUGUUUGUGUACAACCAUCUGAGAAAGAGUAUGUGCAGAUGAUUACUGCUGUAACAUCUCUUUCACCACUUUUAGCAUUCAGUAAUUUUUGUUGCAUUGUGCUGCUACAAAUUAGAGAGAGAGAGAAUGGUAACCAUUCUGCAACUCGUUAUGUUCAGUGUGGCAGAAUUUUUUUAAGUCUAGAAGAUCUUUCAAGUGGGAAAUACCUGCUGACAUUUCCAAAGAAGAAACCUAUAGAACACAUGGAAGAUGUCUUUGCGCUUCUUGCGGCCUGGCAGAGAGCUUGUUUUCAAAUCAUAUCACCCAGCUAUGCUCUGACUUCAAUGAAGGUGUGGCUCUUAGAACACAUGGAAUGUGAAGUUAUCAAAGAAUUUCCAGAAAUUUGCUUUUGCAAAAGGCCAGGAAGUUUCUAUGGGACACUCUUCAACUGGAAACAAAGAACACCAUUUGAAGGGAUUUUAAUAGUCUAUUCCAGGAAUCAAACAGUUUUGUUCCAGUGCCUUCAUAAUCUCAGCAGAGUUCUCCCUAUAAACAGUUUCUUCAAAUAUCUAAAAUUAGGAAGUGAGGAUUUCCUAAUUGGUCAUUUGGCAUUAGCUUUGGAGAAGGAGUUGGUUACCCUUGGUUCUUUUUCUUCUGCCUUAGUUAAGGUUGAAAGCAACUUGGUGCAGAGUUGUGAAGCAAGCAAAGAAAAGAGUAGUGGUGAUGCGGCUGCCUUAUCAGACAUAGAGGAAAGCACCCACCCCUACAGAAAAGAGCUUCAGAGGGAAAAGGAGCAAAUGUUGGGGACGAACCUAAAAAUGUCUCAUGGGAGGCACCAGAGGAUGAGAAGAAGGCCUCUGAAUGAAGAUGCCUGGGCUAGGAAGGCACAUAUGCAUCAGGACACCUGCCAGGCUGGGCCCCCAGUUCUGCAGACCGGCGGUGAGGAAGAGGACUAGACUGCAUUCCGGACC